GUCACUGUCAUAAUCUCAUAUUUUUUGAAUAUGAGCAAAACUGGAGGCAAAUAUUGAAAACGACCCAAACUACAAACUGGAAACGAAAUAUUACCCUCCGAAGUUAUUUUACAAUAGUUGAACUGAUGCUGUGCAAUAAUUCUGAAAUUACAGGAUACGUGUAUAACAUGGAUAUAGAUCCGAUCGAUUUCUUUCCCGGGUACGAUCCAUACAGAUUUGCGAGGCAGAGAUCCAGACAAACAUGCCGCUGUAAUUAUUUAACACAUCUGAUGGCAAUUGUUUUUUCAGUCGGACUUUGUGGAUUUACUUUCUACUAUUACGAGCAUUAUUAUGGAAAAAAUCUAUUCAGAACUGAAAGUGACGACAGGUUACCAACUAACAUGACGCAAGAGUUGAACCUUCAAAAGAUCAUAGAUGAAAUGAAUUUGCUGAAGGAAAACAUGGAAAAAACGCAAAUAUGGAGGAAGCAUCUCGAUGAGCUUUUCACGAAAAUCUACUUCCAACAAGAAUCCAUUUUCGACAAGAAAGUUGAGCAAGCUUUGGAUGUCUACGACGCAGAUAGAACUGGUUUAUUCGAUUAUGCUUCGGUGUACGCUAGCGCCUCUAUCGUCUCCACUCCCUGCACCGUCCCAUAUCCAGCCAACAAAACCAUCAACUUUUUCAAAUUCCUCUCGAUCGACGUCAUGUCCAACCCGGAUUCCGUUUUGCAACCUGGAAACCUGCCCGGCAACUGUUUCGCUUUCCACGGUUCGGACGGGCGGAUCAGGAUCAGGCUGGGCAAGAGGAUCAGGAUCAGGGCGGUCACGUUGGAUCACGUGAAGUUUUUGGAUGACGAUCGCAGCGCGCCGAGGGAGUUUGAAGUGUUUGGACUUCACGAUCCAGACGACGAACCCGGAGUACUUCUAGGCAAAUUCGAGUACAAGUUGGAUGGUCGGCCGUAUCAAACUUAUCAAAUAAAUGACGGUUUGACGCACAUACCUUUCGAGUAUGUCGAACUUCAUAUCAUUAAUAACUAUGGCAACAGCGAAUUUACUUGCGUUUAUCGCUUUAGAGUUCAUAACACUUCCAAAAAUACAACGAAUAAUGUACCGCAUUAGCAAAAAUGCUAGUGUUUUUACGGAUAUUUUAUUUGUGUUUGUUUUUUUCUCAUCUAGGCAGUG